AAUCAGCAUUAAGUUCACUGCUGUUGUCAGGUACCGUUCUGUAUCUCUGACACAGUUGAAGGGAGGUUAGUCGAGUUGCACAGAGCUGUCAGGCUCUGCUGCUGUGACGUUGUGACGUCGUGUCUCCUGCUGACGUCAGAGAAGGAGCGAUGGAGCAUCGGGACGAGGAUCUACUGCAAUAUGUCGUCAACACAUUGUGGAGAUUAAUAUUCAGACAGCAGCUACGAAUAAGAGACACUGGAAGAGCAAGGAGACGUCCAGCUCCGCACAGCAGUAAGUGUGUGUGUGUGUGUGUGUGUGUGUGUGUGUGUGUGUGUGUGUGUGUUCCAGCUGUGGAGAGGCUCAGCGUGAGCUUCCUGCCUCCCGCCAUUCAUCACUUCCUGUUCAGCCAAUCAGAGGAGUUGGUGUUGGCUCACCUGGCUCUCAGAGCGCUUUGUGGAGGCGUGAGCGGGACAGUUCUAUUGCUGGGCAUCGCGCACAGUCUCCCUUUGACCUUUGACCUGAAGCUGGCAGCAGGAGGCGUGUUUGUCGGUGUGUGUGUCGUUUGCGGGGCGUUGUCCUCCUCCUUCAGGUGUUCAGUGCUGCUGAUGUUUCCCAGCAUGCUCGGCUCUCGUGGCCGAACGUACCUGAUGGUGUUCAUCCUGUCUGUUCUCUGCACAGGACCCGUCUCUAACGUGGAGCGGAACGUGCGGGCGGCGGCGCUGUCCGUCAGCUGUAACCUGGACCUGCAGGUGCAUCACAGCCGGUUACUGUGGCAAGAAGCCGUGCGGCCGUUCACACGCAUCACUCAGCAACUCAGGGACGAUAAGGAGGGGUUGGAGUCGGAGGCUCUGAGCGUCAGCAGGACGUUUCAGAGCAUCAGAGACGAAGUGGUAGCUCAGUACGGUUACAGCCGGUUCAGUCCACAUCGCACGGCAUCCAGCAACAGCACGCAGGAGCGCUUCACUACAAAGACCAUGAUGCAGUGCGACAGUGUGGUGGACCAGGGUGUGCAGAGAUGUUCUGAUUGGUUCAGACGCAAGUGGGCGGAGUGUAUGGAGGCGAUACCUGUCCCCGUCAUCAACCACAUCCUGUGUGUCUCCAUGAAGUUCCACUUCCUGUGUGAUGUCAUGAGAGUGAUGACUCCGUGGUGCAGGGAGCAGCUUCCUGUGGAGGGAAACUUCGGUCCGCUGUUCGAUCAGCUCAAUGUUUCUGUCGACCGUUUGUCCAGACAGUUCAGCACCGAGCUCGUCCUGCAGCAGCAGCAGCAGCAGCCAGGGCUGGUCGGAGUCGUGGUGGACGAGCAGUUCACUCAGUCGGUCACAAGAUCUUUCCAGAAGCUGACGACGGUGAUGGAGAAGCUGCUGGACGUCCUGCAACUGCUGCUCUCCUUCACCUUCAUCUCCCUCUUCACCAGUGCGUUCAGUUACCUCAGACAGUACAGGAGGGACGUUCGUUUUGACAACGUCUACAUCACCACCUACUUUAGACAGAUCGACAGCCGCAGGAGAGGCGCGGGGAAGCGCUGCCUGCUGCCGCUGACUCGCUCGGAGAGGAGGAAGUUCAUCGACCCGGGGAGUCUGAGGAUCCAUCCUGACGAGUGGAGACAGGUGACAGCAGGUGUGUUCCAGGUGCUGUCUGUCUCUCUGCUGUGUGUCGUCUUGCUCACUGUCGACUUCUCUCUGGUUCACGUUCUGGACAUCGUCAGCAGACACACUGUGACCCACUUCAACCUGAGCAGCAGUCACCAGGUGAACAUCAAAGUGGGUGGGGCCUCCAUGAUGGCACGCCUCCUGAGGAAGACCGUGUCGGCCUUCAACAGCUCGUCUGACCUCCAUAUCCACACCCACAACCGGGGGUGUGUGGCCCCCCCCUCCUCCCUCUCUGCAGGUGUGUAUGUGAGCUGUGUGUGUUGUGUCCUGUUGGUGGCGCUGUUCACCUGUAUUCAGGUUUACAGCAACCGCCUCCGACGGGUCAUCGCUGCCUUCUACCACCCUCAGAGGGAGAAGAGGAGAGUUUUAUUUCUGUACAACCUGCAGAUCCAGAGACGCAUUUUCUCCAUGGACAGGAAACGCAUCAUCACACGUGGACGGGGGGCAGAGGCAGUGUUUCAGUGUGUGAGCAGGUUCGGCCGUCACCUCUGUUGUCGCCACGGACAGGACGGGUCCGACUCGGAGACGCACUACGACCCCGGCUAGAGACGCACAGGAAACAAACAUCUGGAUCCUCAGGCUCCUCAGAAACAUUAAUAAAGAAACGUCUGCUCCUCA